AAAAUGGAAUCCAGACACAGGUCGAGGAAGAGAUUCAGUUUCACUGCUUCCCAGAGACGAAGCAGCCGGAGCUCGGCCGUGGCAGUUGGCAGCGGCUUCACAGUCCAGGGCUGAACUUGAUACUGUCAUUUAGCUGCGGCAUAAACACGCUGGAGCCAGGCCUGUUCCAUGUGCCGGCGGGUGCGGGGGUUGGGGGUUGAUCGGGCGAGUGAGCCAUUUGAGUCGCUGCAUGAUUCUCGACGUCACUUCCUGUUGCUGAGGCUUGGGUCUGGAGGACUCACUCAGGUGUGUUGGACCCAGUGUUUGUCGCCCCCUGGUGGCCUCCAGACGCGUAGCACUUGAGAGUCACCGACUCUAGUUCUGCAUCUGGUUCUGGGUCCCUGUCUCUGAGGGAGUAUCAGUCUGGCCCGGAUCACCAGUCCGGCCGGGUCCAGUGUCGUGCGGUCCAGGAUGUGAUUCUGGGACAUUUGAUCUGGAUCAGUUCAUGAUCUUGAGGAUCACCAGGACUCGACUGCAGCUGCUCAAACAACACCAAGCAUUUGACUGGUCCACCAGGUCGGCAACAAUGUGGACCAAAGAAACCACUGCAUGAAGUGUGGUUUAUAGAUGAGAUUACAGAUGAGGAUGGAUGGGAUUAAAUGAGAUUAGAAUGUGUUACGAAUGAAUUCAUUUCAUGAACGUAGAGCAAUUCAAAUGAAACGGAUAAAAUAACACAAAGUUCUGGGAUUAAAUGAAAUGAAAUUAUAAAAUGAGAGCUUCAAAUUGAAUUCAAUGAAAUUAGAACAAUGUCAAUUCAAUGACAGUGAUAACAUAAAUAAAAUGUGUUGUGGCUUCAAAUUAAAUGAGAUUAGAACAAGAAGUUGUUGUGGUGAUAAAAUACAGUUGGUGAUAAGAUUGGAUUCAAUUAAAUUACAGCCGUUUCUAUCAAUGAAAGUCAGAUUCAAUUCUAAAGUCUGGUGAUCACUUUAAAUUCAAGUUAUCCGAACAACUGGAAUGAAAUGAAAUUGAAGUGAUGAAGAAAAUGAAAUGACACGAUUAGACUUUUCACUGAAUUCAACAUGUAAAUAAACGUGUCAAAAUUCAAGUCUCAGCCCAGGUUAAAUCGAAGGGACGUUCAAGGGCAGGAGCUCAGACUGGAUCACGCCGAGUCAAGUGUCAUUUCAUUGAUGCGAGUACUUUGGAUUGGGUUCGGUUCAGUUCAUUUCAAGGGAAUGUUUUCUAUUAUGUGGCUUUGUUGUUGUUGAGCAGCGCCUCGCCGGGUCGGGGCUGAUUCCAUCUCGGGGCUCGCCAGUCACGUGAACGCAUGAUGCUGAGUUACUGAAUUCUGCACUUUCGUCCCUCCACACGCUGCUCAAUAAUUCAGCUCUUUCUCUUCCAACAAGAGAAAAGUCCUCGUUUUAGCCGCCAACGUUGCUUCUACUCAUCCAUAUAGCUCAUGGCUAGAGAACGCCUUCUGUGGCGCCCGCACAGCGUCUUGGUUCUCACUCUCUGACUCGCUGGAAUGCGGCGGUGUUUCCCUCUCCAGAUGGCGGCGUGACCUCUGAACUCUGCGCUGGGCAGGUGAAAUGCUGACAUUUCUACUUGAGUCCGAUUAAAGCGAGGUUUUUGGAACUGUGACAGAAGCCACGACUGGGCCUCCAGGAGGCGCUGCCGAGUCUGUGUGUGUGUUUUUGUAUUUCUAUCUUUGUGAGAACCUGUGUGCGUUUUUAACCGACAGAGUGAGGACCUGUUGGCCGGUCCUCACGUGGUCAAGCCUCAGUUUGAGGGUCCACACUGCAGAGUUGCUGAGUCACGAUCACUGGGCUUCGGUUUGGUUCCGAGUCAAGGUUCCGUUCAGCCACGUGUUUGAGAUGCUGAGGUUCAGGGGGAGAGGCUGGGGAAAGGGUGAUGUCAGUGGCGGUCCUCACUAAGAUAGGAAGACAAACGUGUGUGUGUGUGUCGGUCAGCGUUCAGUUCCACACAUCAGUGUGUGGCGUUGGUGCGUCUCUUCAUGCACGGUGUGUGCAGAAGCUGCAGAGACGCGUGUGCGCGCGUGCGUGAGCGAGUCUCACUCUGACAGCUGCCGUCUCUUUAAAUAUCUGCUGAGUCGUCACCCUUGUGAGUCAAACUCCAGCAAACGCACUGGCGCCACCUGGUGGUGAUAAAUGUCCCGUCGGAUGUUUUCUCGAGAGAACUUCAACAUCUGUUAGACUGACUCUAACAUUGCACGCCUGUCUGUCUCUCCGCCCUUGUGGGGUCCUCUCCUGGCCGUCGCCCUUUCCCCUGCCUCUCCCUCAAAACGCAUGGCUCACCUGAACCAGGACUCUGGAUCCGACUGGGACCCAGUUAUUCUGAAGUCUCCAUGCUCAAAACUCUACGAGGACCCGCCAAAAUGUCCUCACUAGCUCAGACGGGUCCCCGCAUGAACGUGAGCACGUGUACACACACAGUCGUGGUCAUUCCUGGCAUGACUUUCCGGUGCUAAAUGGGGAGUCCCCGCCCCUCCUGCUGUGGUUCUGCUGCUGCGCUUCUGCUUCCACUCUCAUUUGUCGAUCACCGCUGGUGCACCUCAGAGCUGUUUGGAUGGGGGGCAGCCAUGCCCCCGAGCGCUCACCCGUUCCUCAUGGCUAACGCUGGUUUCCGUGGUUACCGCACCAUCUCGCAGCACCUCAACGACCUGAAGAAGGAGAACUUCAGCCUGAAGCUGCGCAUCUACUUCCUGGAGGAGAAGGUCCAGCACAAGUUCGAGGAGAGCGGCGAUGACGUGCACAAGAGGAACAUCGAGUUGAAGGUGGAGGUGGAGAGUCUGAAGAAGGAGCUGGAGGAGAAGCAGGAGCUGCUGGACACCGCUGUCGCCACAGCGGAGAGUCACCAUGAAGCGGAGCUGCAGCGCCACCUGCAGGAGAGGCAGAGGGAGAUCACAAACACGCGGGAGCUGCUGGAGAGCAAAGUCCAGCUGCUGCAGCAGGAAGCCCAGCUAGCUCGGGACGAGGCCGGCCGCAUGGCUGCUGUGGCUGAUGCGGAGUCCAAGCGGCGGCUGGAGCUGGAGCGAGAGCUGAGGGAGAAGAUGGAGGAGGGGCGUGGCCCAACCUGGCAGGACAGACCUGUGGCGGAGCAGCGGCAGGAGGAUCCGGCGCCGGAGUCCUCGCCCUCACACCAGUUGGAUCAGAACCAGAGCUCGGUGGGCCAGUGUGUCGGCGAGCUGCAGGCGGCGCUGCUGCAGGUCCGAUCACUGCAGGUCCAGGUCCAAGAGAGCGAGAGCCGGAACCAGAAGCAGCAGCAGCGUCUGGGUCAGCUGGAGCUGGACCUGCGUGUGGCCCGAGACGACGCUCAGCAGCAGGAGAGAAACAUCCAGAACCUGAGAGACUCGGUCCAGACCCGAGCGGCGGAGGCGGCGGAGCUGCGUCACGUGAUCCAGGACCAGAACACCAUGCUGUGUUCCUUCAAAGAGCUGGCAGACCGAGGGCAGCAGCUGCAGGCGUCGGGGACGGAGGCUCCGCGGGGUCAGACGGAGGUCCUGGCUCUGCAGGCGUCUCUCUUCCGAGCCCAGCUGGAGCUGCAGGCGGGCCAGCGCUCGCAGAGGCGAGCGGCCCGGACGCAGGAGGAGCUGAGCGGAGCCCUGCGGCGGCUGGAGGCCGACCUGCAGGGGGCGCUGCAGCACCGCCGGGAGACGGACAGACACAACCAGGAGCUGCAGUUGGCGCUGGAGGAGACUCGCUCGCUGCUGCAGCGGCAGGAGGAGCGGCGAGACGGCGAGGAGCGAGCCAGGAGGCGAGAGGAGGAGGCCAGAGAGCAGAAGGUCCGGGAGCUGAGCGCGGCGCUGCAGAGCAAGGAGCGGCUGCUGCGCUCUCAGCUGCUGGACGCCACGGCGGAGCCGCCGCUGGCCAGGCUCCGUCAGCGGCUCGCCGAGAGGGACCGCGCUCUGGAGUGCGCUGUGGACGACAAGUUCCGCUGCCUGGAGCAGAAGGAGGAGGAGAAGCAGAGGCUGGAGCUGCUGCUGCGGGAGAAGCAGCGAGACCUGGAGAGGCAGCGCAGCGUGCUGAGCCACAACCAGGAGACCAUCACGAGCCUGGAGCUGCUGCUGCGAGGGAAGUCGCUGGAGCUGCAGCAGGUCAGCCACACCUGCAGGAGCGCCCAGCUCCUCCAGCAGGAGGCAGCAGAGAGACACAGCCUCAUCCUCCGGGAGCGAGACGGCCUCAUCAGCCAGCUGCAGGGGGCGCUGCAGGCUCACACCCAUGAGCUCCAGGACCUGCGCUCCUCGCUUAUCUCCGGGCUCCAGUCCGGGCCCUCCCAGGUUCUGGAGGAGCUGGAGGUCCGGCUGCAGCUCAAGGACCACCUCUUCCAGGAGGUUCUGUCCGACCAGGCCCGGCAGGCGCAGGACCACCAGGAGCAGGUCCAGGAUCUGCUGAGAACCAUCAGCAGCAGGGACCGGUACAUCCAGGACUCGGCGGGUCGCCUCGCCGAGGUGAUGACGGAGCAGAGCGCCAGACUCCAGGAGCUCCGGCGACAGCUGAGCUCGAAGCCGGACUCGGGCGCCGAACGCGAGGCGGAGCUGGAGGAGGCCAGAGAGGAGCUGCGGCUGCUGCGGAGGAGGCAGAAGGAGAGCGAGGAGCUGAGGCGAAGCCAGAGCCAGAGCCUGGAGACGCUGAGCAGAGCUCUGCUGCUGAAGGAGAGGAGCAUCGAGGAGCUGCAGCAGCACAUGGCGGAGCCCUCAGAACUUCCUCUGGUCCAGCGGCUCACUCUGGAGGUGCAGGAGCUCAGGGAGAGCCUGGCGCUGCAGCAGGGACCUCCCGCCCGGGAGCCCGUCCCGGGUCUGGACGAGGCCGGCGGCGGCGGCGGCGGCGAGCUGACGGAGCUGGGAGGUCUGAGCCCGGAAGAGGAAGAUGAGGAUGAUGAUGACGAUGAUCUGAGCAGCGAGUUCACCACCAGUGUUGAUGAAGAGGAGGAUCCUCUGAGGAGGAAGAGCAGCAAGGGUCCCAGUCUGGUGCAGGUCCAGCAGCUGGUGGAGCAGAAACAAGCAGUGGAGCGAGAGCUGUGUGAGCUGAAGCUGCAGCUGGAGAAGAUUGGCUUCUGCUCGCUCUCACAGAUGAGGAAGGCGCUGGUGGACCUGAGACUGGAGAACCAGGAACUGAAGCUGCAGCUGGCUGGAGACCAGGAGCUCCAGCUGCAGAGUGAGGAUGAUGAGGAGGAGGAUGAAGAGGAGCUGGACGUCACCAUCGAGGAGCAGGACGUGUCUGAGAUGUGGGACACCUGGGCAGGAGAUCUGACUCUGGACCAUCUAACCCCUGGACCGGCUCAGCAGCUGAAGGCACGUCUGAUGGUGUCGGAGGCCAAGGUCCAGGCCCAGCAGAUCCGGGACGACAGAGACCUGCUGAGUGAGUCGACCGGGAGCAGCACGGGUCCGGAGCGAGCGGGACCCGGCUCACUGCUGUGCUGGGGUCCCUCAGCUGAGAGCGCCGUGCGGCGGGACAGCAAGCAGGUGCAGGUGGACCUGCAGGACCUGGGCUACGAGACCUGCGGACGGAGCGAGAACGAGGCGGAGCGGGAGGACACCAGCAGUCCAGAGUUCGACGACCUGGAGAUGUGCACGUCUCUGGACUCCCAGUGGUGGCCCCGGGGGCAGGCGGCCGGCGACAGCGCCUCCCUGCAGCGGCUGGUGGAGGACCUGCACUCGCAGCUCUCGCGCUCCCAGGCCGUGAUCCGCGGGCUCCAGGGCCGCCUGCGGACCCUGUCCUGCAGCGAGGCCUUGCCCCGGAAGGAGGAGGAGGAGGAGGAGGGCUGGCACUCGUCUGGCGGAGGGAACCCGACCUCUCCGCGCCGCACCGAGGGGGACCUGCGAGACCUGGUGUCCCGGGUGGAUGCGCUGGAGGAGCAGCUGAUGAGAGGCGGCAAGAAGGCGGACGGGAAGUGGCCCGGCCAGUUUGACGUCCUGAUCCAGAGCCAGGCCCGGGACCUGUCCCACCUGCGGCAGCGCCUGCGCGAGGCCCGCGGCGUGGCCCACGUCCUGACGCAGCAGCUGGGCGACACCACCAAGACCUUUGAGGAGCUGCUGCGCUCCAGCGAGGUGGACUUCUACUCCGGCCAGAACUUCCGCCAGCAGCUGGCUCAGAGCAGCGCCCUGGCCCAGCGGCUCGGCGCCAAGAUCGGCGGACGAGAUCAUCCAGAAGAUCCGGAGGAGAAGACGGAGCUGCUCGCCAUCCGGCUCAGUCGGGAGCUGCAGCAGAAGGACAAAGUCAUCGAGUCUCUGCGGGAGAAACUGGACCAGCAGCAGCUGCGGCACUCGGCCACGCCCACCAGCAGCCACGCCCCCUCCGAUGCCAGCGACCAAUCGGAUCGCAUCUCCUAUGUGUCCGACGAGCCCAACGAGGAGCUCGUGUCCGACGUGGACGCGACCAGCGAACCGGCACUGGAGCAGACUCGCAGCACGGCCAGAAGCGGAGCGGACUGUCCGCCUGGCGGCGCGUGUCCUCGUCCCUCGCCGUCCGUCACGUCGUCCGUCACGUCGUCCCACCCGAGCGUCUCGCUGCCGCCCUCAGCGGCCGCCCCCCGCCCCUCGCCUCCUCUCUCCGCCGCCCCCUACAGGCCUCGGCCGGCGAGCUUCCGUCUGGCCGACGUUCAGCAGGAGCUGCAGGCGCUGCAGAGACAGCUGGGACACCAGCAGAGGUUCUCCACCCCCCAGUCCAGACCUCUCCAGGGGUUCCCUCCGCUGGCCCCCCAGCAGCCCGACCCCUCCGGCUUUCUGCCCUUCUCCUUCCACGGGUACCGGCCGUCUGCUUUCAGCAGCCUGGAUCGGACCUCAGCCGUGCAGGGCGGUGCCGGAAUGUUGGCGGGCGGCACCAUGUGGGACACGGCCUUCGCGCCCCAAUCCUUGAGAGUCGGGGCGGACCCGUCGUCGGGGUCGUCCGGGUACCAGUCCGGCACCAGCCACACGGGGUCCGACCUGAUGAAGGAGCACCUGAGGGAGAUCAGGAGUCUGAGGGAGCGACUGGAGGACUCCAUUCAGACCAACGAGAGACUGAGGCGGCAGCUGGAGGAGCGGCUGACCCACAACACUCCCGACAAAGGGGCGCCGACCAACAUCUACAUUCAGGGCCUGGACUCGGUGGCUCAGCUGUCCGCUGAGAUCCGCCUCCUGAAGGAGGAGAACACGGCUCUGCAGAGCCGGCUGGAGCAGAACACGGCAGAGGGCAUCAAAGAGGUGGAGCGGCUCAAGCAAGCGUCUCUGCUGGACCGGACUCGGCUCAGAGAGGCAGAGCUGGAGUGCGAAAAGUGGGCGGAGCGAAGCAGGACGCUCCAAGCUGACAGCGAAGAGAAGCAGCGGGAAGUGGAUGGACUCAAGCUGGAGCGGCAGAAGAACCAGGAGGCCAUCAACAGGCUGCAGCAUGAGCUGAGCGAGAGCCGUCGGCGGGUCUGCGCUGUGACCUCUGACCCCAGAGCGCUGCAGACAGAGUCGCCGCAGUUCCACGGUCCUUCACCUCCGGGCAGGGACGCCGGUGUGACCAGUCCGACCCCCCUGCACUCAGCGAGUCAGGACCACAUGGUGGGCCAUGUGGACCACUUCACGUCCCUGGGUCAGAAGCUCCAGCGGGGACUGAGUCUCCUCAGGACGGUGGAGUCCGUCCUCCGCUCCCUGGACGUCAGUUCGGCUCAUGAACUCCUGAGGGACACGCACGCGCUCGGGCGGCUCCUGGAAGACUCGGCUUCUCUGCUGCAGAGGUUCUGGAGGGCAGAUGUUCCCGACGAGUCCAAACAGGAGCCGAGCGAGGCGGCCGCUCUCCGACUGAAGCUGGCGCAGCAGGAGCAGGCUCUCAGGGACGCUCUGGAGAGAGUGCACAGCUCCAACCGCACCAAAGACUGCAUGGAGGACUUCAUCGUCAGCCAGCUGUCCAGGACCAGGGAUGUGCUGAGGCGAGCCAAGACCAACCUGCAGGCGAGGCCUCAGGAAGACGCCGUCGCCUCGUCUUCUCCUCUGGUGGAAGUCUCCUGACCUCCUGCCAGACCCUGCACCAGCGCCCCCCACAGGCUGCCGCCCUGUAGCGUCACCAACACCAAGACUCGCUCACCGCCUUUGGCUGGGUGAAGGACCGCGCCGCUGCGACCCCCGACCCCUUCCCUCUGCUCCUGAUGCUGGACGACGGUCCAAGUCCCUGCUAGCUACCGGUCCCAUGGGGUCUCUGGCUUCAGUUAGCAUUGGUAGCUUAGCAUCCUUUCAUUAUUGCUGUGUCAAACAUGGGCUAAUGCUCGAAGGCUAAAGUUCGCGGUUAGCAUAGUUAGCGUCAAUUGUGGCGCUCGUUUAUCUUAGCGCACAUCUUUCAAGUGGAACUUUGCCAAUAAGAUGACUAGCGUGAGCAAGUUUGCUGCGCCUUCCUCGGCCGCUCGCUCCUCUCAGGAAACGACAUUAUGCUCUAGUGAGAAAAUCUGACGGUGCUUCCUCAGGAAAACAAAGUGCUAAAGUAGCUAUGCAGUUUUCUCUAAGCGUUUUCUCAGAAAUGUUGCAGACUAGUUUUUCAUGCGCGGCGAAGUUUAAGAGCUGUUCCGUUGCGAGUCUUUGGUACUGACCCGUGCCAGUCAGGACCAGGUCUUAUUUGUUUCCUUCCUCGCAUUUUCCUUUUUAACAGAGCAUUUUAUUAGCGUGGCAUUUGCGUUUGAGUCUGGGUUUUGAAAGUUUUGAAGUCAUGUUUAUUGAGCGAUUUUUAAAAAGCCGAUAAUCGCUGUAACUUCGAGCUAGCUGGAAACAGCGGACAAAGCGUGACGAGUCACGAAAAGAAUGAGUUGGUCACAGUCCGACGGACGUUCCCUUUGGACGGUCCUUACGCCAUGUGAGUUUAUCGCGAUGGUACAUGAGCCGACGUCCUGUGGCUACACUGAAACGUUGUUCUCUCACCAGAAUUCAUUGUCAUCAUCUUUGUGGACACUAGUUUGCGACGAGAUUGUUGAGAAUCUCCACGACGGUGUGUAUUUGUUGUAAAGGCUAGCAAACUAAAACUUCCUUUUCAGGCGUUUUCCCACUCCACUUAUUUUGAGCAGCAUCCUGUGGCUCUAUUGUCGGCAUUUUGCUCUCCACGGAGUCUGUUGUACGGCGGCCCGCGAGGUCCAAAAGUCCGGCUCUCUACAGCUACAAAAUCACGCCAAAGACGAGAGUGAAACAAAACGUACCUGGAUGCUACAAGUGCAUGUGUUCUGCUUUUCUCUGCUGCUCGCAUGAUGCCUUCACUGACUGUCCGACUAAUUGUAACGCCUAUUCCUGCGGUCCAACUUUUGUGACAACAAAUUUGACCUUUUUUUUCUUUUUCUAUCAACUCAUGUUUAUUAAUUGUUAUAGUAUGUAAUGUCAUACUUCAGAGCUACUGAAAUAUGCCGCGUCUCUUUUGCUGUCGCUCAGAUCCGAGCGAGCCAUUUUUGUUCCGGACAAUCGACCCCAGCACAACAAGACGGAGCAAUACUGUUUUCAAAUCUGCUGUAAAGCGUCAUGUCUGCUGCAAAACCGCUCAGAUGUGUGUCGACUUCCGGUGCGUGUUGUAAAUACGGCGUGAGCGUUGUGUUUUUGAUUGCGGUGAGAGCGGAGGUUGUGUUUCUACGCUCGUCAAAAUAAGCUUUUCGAAUAAAUACCUUUCUCGCAGUUUCCCGAGUCGUGUUUCAGUCGGCAGCUGGCGCCACGGUGCAACAAAUAAGCAGGAAAUGCGCUGUGCGCGGAGACGGAUUUGAAAUCGGAGGCAAAGAACGGAAGCUAAAGGAGAUGACUUUCAAAAUAAAUCAUAGC